CUCUCCUCGCCUUCCCCUGCCCCUCCCCCUUCGUCCUUUUCUGGCGUGACAUCUGGGAAGUGAGGAGGAAGGAGCCUGUAGGGUUAGCGCUCCAAAACAGUGCAGUAGCAGCUUUCUCUUUUCUAGGAUGCGCUGAGUUGCUAGCGGCUGCCCAGCAGAUUGUGAAUCAGAAGGGAUUCUCAGCUUCUGUUUAUUUUCCUGUUGUUUUUAUUCCUCCCAGUCGGAGGGAAAUGGAAACACUGGCAGACACCUUCACCCAGACCUUCUAUCUUCAGUUCUGACACUUCAGUUUUUCCCUCCUGGUUCGAAGGCAAUAACUUCCAGACUUCAGCAAAGGAGCAGAGAGAUCUAUUCCUUCCCUCAUCAGAAGAGACAGUGUAGACCUGUUUAUCUGAAGAAAUGGAUACUUCUCCCUCCAAAAAAUAUCCUGUUAAAAAACGUGUGAAAAUACACCCCAACACAGUGAUGGUGCAGUAUACUUCUCAUUACCCACAACCAGGAGAUAGUGGAUAUGAAGAAAUAAAUGAAGAUUAUGGAAGCUUUAUGGAAGAAAAUCCAAAGAAAGGACUUCUUAGUGAAGUAAAAAGAAAAGGAAGAACUUUCUUUGGGACCAUGGAUAAUCGAAACUCAGCAACUGAAGACCCAAAGACCAACGAGAUUGAACAGUUCCAGAGCUUUGCAGAAAGAAAUAUUUUUCAGUCUAGAAAGACUUGGAUUGUGUUGUUUGGAUCCGCUUUGGCUCAUGGAUGUGUGGCUCUUAUUACUAGACUUGUUUCUGACCGUUCCAAAGUGCCAUCUCUUGAACUAAUUUUCAUUCGAUCUGUCUUACAGGUAUUUUCUGUGUUGGUUGUGUGUUACUAUCAAGAACCCCCUUUUGGGCCCAGAGGAUAUAGAUUGCGGCUCUUUUUCUACGGUGUCUGCAAUGUCAUCUCUAUCACCUGUGCUUAUACAUCUUUCUCAAUAGUUCCUCCCAGCAAUGGAACCACAAUGUGGAGAGCAACCACCACUGUGUUUAGUGCUAUUUUAGCUUUUUUGCUAGUAGAUGAGCGUAUGGCUUACAUUGACAUGGCUACGGUAGUUAGUAGUAUCCUGGGUGUUUGUCUUGUCAUGAUCCCAAACAUUGUUGAUGAAGAGAACUCUUUGCUGAAUGCCUGGAAAGAAGCCUUCGGCUAUACCAUGACAGUGAUGGCUGGGUUGACUACCGCUCUCUCCAUGAUAGUCUACAGGUCCAUCAGGGAGAAGAUCAGUAUGUGGACUGCCUUAUUUACCUUUGGCUGGACUGGGACAGUCUGGGGAGUGUCCACUAUGUUCAUUCUUCAAGAACCCAUCAUCCCAUUAGAUGGAGAAACUUGGGGUUAUCUCAUUGCCAUAUGCAUUUGUUCUACUGCAGCUUUCCUGGGAGUUUAUUAUGCAUUAGAUAAAUUCCAUCCAGCACUAGUUAGCACUGUACAACACCUUGAGAUUGUGGUGGCUAUGAUCUUACAGCUUUUAGUCCUACACAUUUUCCCCAGUGUCUAUGAUGUCUUUGGAGGGGCAAUCAUCAUGAUUAGUGUUUUUAUCCUUGCUGGUUAUAAGCUUUAUUGGAGAAAGUUUAAAAGGGAGGACUACCAGGAGAUACUAGAUUCUCCCAUUAAAUAAGAACCAAUUUUCAUGUUCUGAAUUAUGUUCAAUUAUGUGCACUGCCAUGUUGUAUUCAUGUAUCAAUGUUUUUUGUGCUGUAUAAUGGACAGAGUUCUAUAUAAUAUAUAGUUGCAAAAAAGGUGAAAAUAUGCAAAGGUAGAAAUAUUUAUAUUAGUUUAAUAUAUUAUAAAUGCAAAUAUUAAAUAUAUGAAAUAUUCUGGACUUUGGUCUUUAAAAAACUAUUUAUUUAUUUAAUUAAAAGUAACUGAUAGAAAAGUAUGCAAGCCUUAAUCAUCAAUUUCUAUAUUAAUAGAAAUACCCCUUUAUAAAAAAUUCUAAGUUUAUUCAAAUUUAUAAAUUAGAAAAGAUGAAAUGAUAUUAUGAUAAUUUUUAUAGUUAUAGUUAUUUCAACAUUAUGCCUGAAUCAUUGGAAAUUGUCAGUUGCAGAGAAGGGAAAUGGAAGUAGUAUGGUUGGGGUCAGAAGGUACUGGAGAAGGAAGGCUUUUCAUUGACUCAAUGUUGGUUGCAGUUAAGUAAAAGUGACAGAAAAAAGAAAGUCUUUCCUUUGAGCGAUGGGGGUGGGGCAGAGGUUAGUUUUGUUCAAAUUUUGUAACUCUGAUUCACUAUCCCAUUACUUAGGCAAUAUACUUUUCCACUUAGAUUCACAGGUUUACUAUCUUGUAAUAGAAGAAGUGCUCCUAGCUACUGGCAGAGGUGCCAGAAGUGAAAAUAAAAUAAGGAGUAAAUUAAUAUGGCAUGUUAUUUAAAGAUUUUCCUUGGAGAAACCAAAAAAGUCUCAAGGGCACACAUUAAUGUGUCAUAAUACAUUUGCUCUCUACUCUUAUUAAUUCAGUUAAAGUACUGUUCUGUCUAUUAGAUAUGCAUGGAUAGGAUGUAUCAAUAAUAGUAGAAACCUUACAACUAAAUUUCAGCUCAUAGCUGACUCUUUGAGAAAAAUGAAAAUGCAGAGGUGUUCUUUAUUUUACAAUAAUUAGUGGGUUGUCUGACUUGCCAUAAUAAGGCUUUAUUUCUGAUAUUUAAAUUCUGCUAAUUUCAACUUUCAGUUGACAACUGAGUUCUCAGAAACAGAAUAGAGUAAUAGAAAAUUCAUUGAACCAGGGGUCAAGAGAUUUGGGUUCCUAUAUCAGUUGGUUACUUCUUUGUGUCACAAAUUCUCUGGGACUCAUUUUCUGUAUCUGUAAAAUGAGGGGUUGAGGUGAAUGAUUUUCUGCUUUCCUCUUUCCCUAGUUUUAAAACUCUUUGAUUCCUUCACUGGACCUUUAAAUAAAUAAAAUAAAAAUAAAUUUUAAACCCCACAUUUUCCUGAAUGAGGUACACUUAAGAUACUUUUAACUAACAAAUGCUUAACUGAUUUUUCUUAUCCUUUGGAGUUUAAGCCAGGAGAGAAAGGAAUGCAAAGGUAUUUUGCUUUAAGUACCAUUCUUUCAAUAUUAAAAUCUUAAUUUGCAAAGUAUCUGAAGUUUGCAAAAAGAUUUACUCUAAAGAGGCAAUCACAGGCAGCUAGGUGGUACAGUGGACAGAGAGAAGAAUCUGGAAUCUAGGGUCACAAAAACUUGAAUUUGACUGAAAUGACUGAAAAACAAAGGGAUGCACCACAGAUUUCUUUGUAAUAGCCAUCUUUCCCACUGAAGUUAAAUUAUAUAUUCAGAAAUUAAUUUCUAAACUUUUAAAAGAUACAUUAUUUAAUUAUUCAAUAAAUAUUUAUCAAAUAAAUAUCAAGUUGGCAAGAAUUUUUAUUUAUUUAUUUAUUGGGCAAAAAAGAUGCUAGGUGUUAUAGAGGAUUCAACCAAGAAUAAGAGUCGUGGUCCUGUGCUUAAGGUAUUUAUAGUUUUAUUUGGAAAACAAAAUAUAUUCAUCAAAGUUAAAAUAAUUUAGAACUGUUUCAGCAUUAUUGUUGGCAGAAUGCCUUACAACUAUUUGACUACUACUAUCAGUAGCAGUAUUUGUGGUGGUUGCUUUGUUGUGAUCCCCAAUAUUAAUGAGAGUUCUUUGCAAAAUCAAAUGAAUAACAUGGGAAUGAAGAGCCACAUAAAUGAUACAAAUAAUUAGUGCUACUGGAAUUUAGAAUGUGAGUGGUCAGUGUGGGACAGAAUAGACUGAGAAAGUCUUCAUGAAGAGGUGAGGCUAGAUGAGUAGAAAGAAGGAACUGUAUUACUGGUUGUGAGAGGAAGAAAUAGAGAUGUGAAAGGUAUGUCAAAGAAAGAAUUAAUAAACCAAUCUGGCUAGAUCAUUUUGAUCAUGCAGAAAAGAUAAAUUUGUAAAGGUAGGUAGAAGGCAGAAUAUGGAAUGGCUCAAAUAUGUAUUUUCUUCAGGCCAGGGUUCCCAGACUAAUACUUUUGUUAUUUAAGGUAUAUUUUAUUGUUUUUUAUCCCUUAAUUAAGAAGAAUAUGAAUUCUGAUUAACA